CCUAAUAAUAAGACGAGGUCGACCUAACAAAGCUCCUAUCCGUCCCCUCGAUCGACCGACGCGAAAUCACAGAGGUCAGUAAUGGCGGCUUCAAUGGCAAGAUCAGGCCUCCGAUUCCUUCGCCGGGGAUCAAACACCGGCUCAAAGUCCCUCCUUUCCAACAAAAAGAACUUCUCCGCUUCUUCUCAUCACGACGACGCUUAUGAGACUGCGAAAUGGGAGAAGAUAACGUAUGCUGGAAUCGUGACUUGCACGAUCCUUUCGAUCUAUAAUCUUUCCAAGGGCCACCCUCACCAUGAAGAUCCUCCGGCUUACCCGUAUUUGCACAUUCGUAACAAGGAAUUUCCAUGGGGUCCCGAUGGUCUGUUCGAGGUCAAGCAUCAUUAAGAUGCCACUGCUCGAAAAGUUGUGUUCUUCUUCAUAAUUUUUGUCUAGCUCUACAUAAAUGAUGAAACUUGGGAACUUCACUAUUUGAAGCAACCCCUUUCUGAAUCUGAAAACUCCAAUAAUGUUGCUGAACCAUCCGUCAAUGUGCACCUCGUUCUUGUUGCUUGGUAUUUCUGAAUUCUGUCAAAGUAUGUGUAUAUUCUAUCGCAGAGCACGAUUCUGCUGUUUUUUUUCUACCAACUCCAGUCAUUGAUGAGGACAUUUUAUUUGUCCAUUUUAUUUUA